UAUGCUUGUUUGGCGGCUUGCUGCUGGUCGUGAAGGGGUUUUCCUACUUAGCGGAAAAUUCAGGUUUUGACAUCUCCAGCCAGAGCAGUGAGGACCAGGAGAGAUGGGGAGGAAGGAGGCUACUGCAGGAAAUGGACAACAGCAGCCUGGAGGAAAUGGAGAGUGAAGGAUCUAAGAACUGCACUGCUCCAGCUCUGCACGAGUUCCCUACAGACCUGUUCACACACAAGGAGCGAACAGAGGGAGCCGUGGCCCUACAUGUUCUGUGUACCAUUUACAUGUUCUGUGCCCUGGCUCUGGUGUGUGAUGACUACUUUGUCCCCUCUCUGGAGAAGAUAUGUGAGCGUCUCCAGCUCAGUGAAGACGUAGCAGGUGCCACCUUCAUGGCCGCCGGCAGCUCAGCUCCUGAACUCUUCACAUCCAUCAUAGGGGUUUUCAUCACCAAAGGUGACGUGGGCGUGGGGACCAUCGUGGGCUCGGCCGUCUUCAACAUCCUGUGCAUCAUCGGUGUGUGUGGCUUCUUUGCCGGCCAGGCGGUGAAGCUCUCUCACUGGGCUCUACUCCGAGAUUCCAUUUAUUACACAUUCUCUAUCACGGCCCUCAUUGCGUUCAUCUACGAUGAGAAAGUGUGCUGGUGGGAGUCUCUUGUCCUGAUUCUCAUGUAUGCAGUCUACAUCCUCAUAAUGAAGUUUAACGGCAGGGCACAUCGCUAUUUUGACCGUCGAAAGAAGAGCUCAGUGAAUCUGGCCAAUGGGCUGACAGGAAGCACUGAUCUGGAGGAUAAUGUCACAUGUGAUGCUACUGCAGUCCUGCUCAAGAAAGCUAACUUCCACUGUAAGCCGUCAGUGCUGAUGGUGGAUGAGCUGCUGUCUGCGUACCCACACCAACUGUCUUUCUCUGAGGCCGGCAUGAGGAUCAUGAUCACCAGUCACUUCUCUCCCAGAACCCGCCUCACCAUGGCCUCUCGCAUGCUUAUCAACGAGAGGCAAAGACUGAUCAACACUACAGAGACCCGAGUCAACCGCAUCACCAAUGGCGACUCGGACUCAGCGGCCAGGUCUCAGGGAAGGCGGGGCUUAGAGAAUGGGAUGGGCGGGGCUGAGCAGAGUCUGAACGGGAGGUGCAGACUUCAGCGGCUGGAGUCUGGGAACGAGACAGAGAAUGAAAACGAGGAUAAUGAGAACAACGAGAACGAUGAGGAAAGAGAGGGAGAGGAUGAUAACGGAGGCCCCCUGGUGCCAUUCAAAGUUCCAGCUGGAGUGUGUAACAAGGUGAAGUGGCUGACCAUGUGGCCCCUGUCCCUGCUUCUGUUCCUCACCGUGCCCAACUGUGCCAAGCGCCGCUGGGAGAGGUGGUUCAUGGUGUCCUUCUUCACCGCCACCAUCUGGAUUGCCGGCCUGUCGUACAUCAUGGUCUGGAUGGUGACUGUGAUCGGCUUCACUCUCGGCAUACCUGAUGUCAUCAUGGGCAUCACCUUCCUCGCAGCAGGCACCAGCGUCCCAGACUGCAUGGCUAGCGUUAUCGCAGCACGGCAAGGUCUGGGAGACAUGGCCAUCUCCAACUCCAUAGGCAGUAAUGUGUUUGACAUCCUGGUGGGCCUGGGCCUGCCCUGGACGCUGCAAACGCUCUGCAUUGACUACGGCUCCAUCAUCCAUCUGAACAGCAGAGGUCUCAUAUUCUCCGUUGGACUCUUAUUAGCCUCAGUAUUCUUCACAGUUCUCGGUGUCCAUUUAAACAAGUGGACUCUGGAUCGGCAGCUGGGCCUGGCCUGCCUCAUCAUGUACGCCAUCUUUCUGUGCUUCUCCGUCCUCAUCGAGUUCAACGUCUUCAUCUUCGUCAACCUCCCCAUGUGCCGAGACAUCCACUGACCUCCCUCCUCUUCCUCUUCUUCUACUUCUCCCUCUGGCUGAAGGAGGAAACCUCACCUGGCUUCCAGUUUCUUGGCGCCUUGGAACCAAUUCCUACCUUUUAUUUUUUCAAAUAGAGAAAUAGAGAUCUUUAUGAUUUAUCUUUGGUGCAAUACACACAAGAGUGAGGACACUGGAGGUUUUUGAGGGGACUGGAGAGGUGGCGCGAAGAGAAAGUCCCAGCAGCAGUGAUUGCUGCCAAUCGUCAAAUGAACCAAAAGGUCGGCUGGAGUGAACUUAACUGUAUUAACACCGACAGUUAGGCUACUGUUGGUGAAGGAGCUGCUACUGUAACUGACUGACUGACUGACUGGAGGAAAGAGAGAAAUCCUGCGCUAACAGCGAUUUUUAGCUGGAUUGUUUGUUACUCUUUGUACAAGUUUGGA